AUGAAGAAGAAGAGAGCAGGAACAUCACUUAAAGCACAAGUGGAAGAAAAGAAACCCAAAGUCACAGUUAAACAUGAGACAUCUGAGGAGGAAGAAUCAGAAGGUGAAGAAGAAACACAAGUAGUUGAAGAAGUAGAGGAAGAAGAAGAAGAAGAAGAAGUUGAAGAGGUAGAGGUUGAAGAAGAGGAAGAAGAGGAUGAGGAAGAAGAAGAAGAAGAGGAAGAAGAAGAGGAGGAGGAAGAAGAAGAAGAAGAGGAAGAUGAAGAAGAAGAUGAUGAGAGUUCUAAAAAGGAGACUCUUAAGAAGCUUUUAGAGCCAUUAUCAAAAGCCAAGAUCAUUGAUUUCAUCAAAGAAGCAGCUCUGAGUGACACUUCAAUAAUGGCUACCCUCACCCAGACUGCUGAGGUGGACCCCGCCCACCGCAAGAUCUUUGUCUACGGCCUUGGCUGGGACGCCACAUCAGACCAAGUCCUCUCCGUCUUCAAACCUUACGGUGAUAUCGAAGAAUGCAAAGUUUUAAUGGAUAAGGUAACGGGAAAAGCCAAAGGCUACGGCUUUGUUCUCUUCAAGACCCGAAGAAGCGCACAAAAAGCCCUCAAACAAACACAGAAAAAGAUAGGAUCCCGCAUGGCAUCUUGCCAGCUGGCUUCUGCAGGUCCAGGUGGACCCACCAACAACCAGACCGGUGUCACUGCCACGUCAGAUCCAGCGGGACGAAAGAUCUUCGUCGCAAACGUCGGGUCCCACGUGAAUCCGAACGCGCUCAAGUCCUACUUCACAAAGUUUGGAGAAAUCGAGGAUGGGCCGUUGGGGAUGGACAAUGCAAGUGGAAAGUUCAAAGGUUUUGCCAUGUUUGUGUAUAAGACAGUUGAAGGCUGCAAGAAGGCUUUGGAGGAACCGAAUAAGGUUUUUGAUGGUUGUCAGUUGCAUUGCAGACAAGCUGUGGAUAAUCAACGUGGUGGAAAUAAAAGCAACAAAAAGGCGCAAAUGGGUAUUAUGAAUAAUAUGUCUAAUAAUCAGCAGCAGAGUGAGAUUGGGAAUGUGGGGUAUGGUUAUGCUCCUCCUCAGCUUAUGAAUAUGAAUCCGAUGUUAGUGUCUGCUUUAAAUCAGAAUAGUGUAGCUCCAGCACAGCAGUCUUUUGGUCUGAAUGGUGGUUAUGGAAUGAAUACAGUUAACCCAAACAUGAUUGCAAGUUAUGGUUCUCAGUUAGGGUUAGCAUACCAGAAUAAUAAUGUUUCUCAGGUGGGACGUUCUUCAGGUGGCACAACACCAGCACUGCCAGCUAGGCAACAACAAUCUGGAGGUGGGAAUUUUCCUUCAUACCUUGGUCGCUAG